UCCAUCUUUUUUUCACAAUUCCACACUCACUCAUCACUUCAUAUUUCUCUCUAACAAACAUGGGUUGGUAUAGGUCACUUGUAUCCAUGGUGGUCCUUCUCUUCAUGUUCUUCGCCUUGUCGUCGGCAUUAGACAUGUCGAUCAUCAGCUACGACUCAAUGCACAUCGACGAAGCGAGUUGGAGGACCAACGACGAAGUAAUGACCAUGUUUGAGUCGUGGCUUGUAAAGCACGGAAAGGUUUACAAUGCCUUGAGUGAGAAAGAGAGGAGGUUUCAGAUCUUCAAGGACAACCUCCGGUUCAUUGACGGCCACAACGCCGUCAAGAACCGGACCUACAAGCUGGGUCUGAACCGGUUCGCCGAUCUGACCAACGAGGAGCACCGGUCCAUGUACUUGGGGACCAAGCGGAGGGUGUCGGCUCCCAAGACAAGCGACCGAUAUAUUCCCCUCGUCGGCGAUAGCUUGCCGGACUCCGUCGAUUGGAGGAAAAAAAGUGCCGUUGUUGGAGUCAAAAACCAAGGACAGUGUGGGAGUUGUUGGGCGUUCUCAUCUAUUGCGGCUGUUGAGGGGAUAAACAAGAUAGUGACCGGAGAUUUGAUCUCACUCUCGGAGCAAGAGUUGGUGGACUGUGAUACAGUAGGUUCUAACGGAUGUGAUGGGGGUACCUCGGACUAUGCAUUUGGGUUCAUCAUUGAGAAUGGUGGAAUUAAUACCGAGAAGAAUUACCCUUAUAAUGGUACACAAGGAGUGUGCGACCACAACAAGAAAAAUGAAAAGGUUGUCUCAAUUGAUAGUUAUGAAGACCUUCCUCCAAAUAACGAGUUGGCAUUGCAAAAGGCAGUGGCAAGUCAACCAGUGAGUGUUGCUAUUGAUGCCAGUGCGGCCGAAUUCAACUUCUACGAAUCCGGUGUAUUCACGGCAAGUUGUGGGACAGAGCUAAGCCAUGGUGUGGCUGUAGUUGGAUACGGGACAGAAAAUGGCGUGGACUAUUGGAUUGUGAGGAACUCUUGGGGCACAGAAUGGGGAGAGGAGGGCUACAUCAGGAUGGAGCGUAACAUAGCUAAUGCACCAACAGGCAAAUGUGGAAUCACGAUGCAAGCUUCUUACCCCAUCAAGAAUGACCAGAAUCCUCCCAACCAUGCCCCAUAUUAGCGGGCAUUUGGGAGUACUGGAAAGAGCAAAGCGAACGAUGGUUGAAAGUCUUCGAGGAUGCUUGAUGAUCUGCUUACUAUUAUUAUAUUGCAAAUGGGAUGAAUAUAUAUAUAUAUAUAUGUACGUGUAUGGUGCUUUUAUAUUUCUGCGUUGUAAUAAGAGUUCGUUUUCCUUUCCUUCGAGUUAUCUCUGCUCCUGUAAUGUAUUGUUGUGUUGGGAUGGCCUCUUCAUAUAAGAUUUGACCAUCAAUAAGAAUGCAAGAGUACUGAAUUAAUGUUAA